AUGUACUCAUCAUAUGAGUCAGUACCUUCCUGUUAUCAAUCGACUGUUGCUGCUGCACCGCCACCGCCGAUUUUUCAAUCAACAAACGAGCUUCAGAAACUCAUUUCACCUCAUUUUUUAUCUCGUGAAGCUCAAUUGAGACCCAUUCCAACUAAUGAAUGGUGGGGCAAUUUGUUAGCGUGGGACGGACAACGUGAGAGUGACGCUGCAUUUUCUGGGCCUUAUACGUACAAGAUCGUACAAGGCCAACGCGGUAUCAUUGGCUGUGGAUUAUCGGUCAGUUAUUUGCUGCAAUACCGAACGGACGGUCCUAUUAAUGACAAUGGAGCUCCUCGCUUCUAUUUCUACGCACCGACUAUUAAGAAUUGGAUCUUUUCAGCCGUGGAACUUGCUGAUCAUAUAUGUACACCUCCUCUUAGUAUCCAGAGUUGGGAUGAUAUGGGGGUACACCUGAGUAUGGCAGGAAUAAACAUGUACUUGGCAUUGGGGUCUGCCUUUACGACGGUCGAGUACCAUGAUAUGCAGGUACAACUUGGUACAGAUCAUGGCAUUGUUGCAAUUAAUGGAUCUCCUGCCAGAAAUGGCCAUCAAGUGAAUGGAACGAGCUUUGUGAUCUCACUUAACAACGGACAGCUGUGGGUACUCUACUUCUUUUCCAAUGCAUGUGGAAACACGUCGCUCGUAUUUGAGGACAAUAAACUCACGACCACAUCGAAAUUUACAGGAGUUGUCCAAGCGGCCUUUGUCUUGACAAGUGCAAUGGAAUCUCCGGUGCCUCAAAAUGAACACAAGAUUCUGCAACUUUAUCACGCCUGCGCAGGUGUCUACCCAAAAGGAGUCACGGUGCAGACGCUAAACUCGGAGUCAUUUGUCUUCCACUGGCAGCUUGCAACUGCUGCAGGCAGCAAGCCGGGAUCUCGCUUCCUUCAUUUUGCUCUGACACACUUAAAAGCGAUGCUAGACCCAUGUACGGUGGAAGAAAAGCAUGAGCUAGUGCUGCAUUCACAUACACACGGACCGUUGUUUGCGUACACGUUGGUGACUUCGCCAAAUUCCAGUCCGUCGUGGCUUUGCCGUGUGCCCCAAGCUGAAAGUCAGGGUGUUGAAACGUGCACAGCGUUUUACCCACCACGUGCUGGUUCCGUCACGCGAGAGGAAGUGGAGAAGCUGAACUUGUGUCACGUUGUCACCAAGGAAAUCGACGAAAAUUGGUCUCUACCGCAUGAAGGAAGUUACUACUUCAAAGGCAAAGCCCUGCAGAAGUUUGGCACCAUGUGUCUCGUUGCGCGGCACUUAGCAGACACGACUAACCCAGAAAUAAGAGAAGUGGCGCAACGCGGCAUUUGCAAGCUCCAGCAACUGCUGUCAGAGUUUGCGAACAACAGGUCGGCGUUUCCACUUGUCUACGACACAGUUUACAAGGGGAUUGUCACAAGCGAGGCAUUGGCCAGGAAUGACAUGAAUGUCGACUUCGGCAACGGUGUCUACAGUGACCACCACUAUCACUACGGCUACAUCGUGACUGCUGCUGCCAUGGCUCUUUACUUGGAUCCGGUUUGGCGUCAGUCAGCCGAUGCUGUUAAGGUUCGAACACUCGUCGACACUUUAAUCCGGGAUGUGGCUUCAUCUUCUCCUCCUGGCAGUGACCCAUAUUUCCCGCGCUUUCGAUACUUCAACUGGUGGCUUGGCCACUCAUACUCACACGGAGUAACUCCAAUGGCCGACGGGAAGGAUGAGGAAUCUACAUCGGAAGAGGUCAACACUUUGUAUGGUAUUGCUCUGUACGGCCAAGUUACGGAGAACGCAGAACAACACGCGCUAGCAAAGCUGAUGCUCAAGGUUUACGUGCGCGCAGUAAACACUUAUUUCUUGCUCCAGAAUAAUGGCCCUCGUAUCCACCCCGCAGGCUUCGCAAAGAACAAAGUCACAGGCGUCUUCUUUGACAACAAGUGCGACUAUGCAACGUGGUUUAGCCCCAAUAAGGAGUGCAUUCAUGGCAUCCAAAUGAUCCCCGUGUCUCCGAUCCUCGAAGUUUCUCGUUCACCACGUUUCGUACGAGAGGAAUGGGACGAAGUGCUAAGCAAACUGCCCAUUGUGUACGAUUGGAAGGCAAAUCAAUCUGGCUGGACAUCACUAUUGUUUGCGAACUAUAGCGUCGUGGACAGCGCAAAGGCCUUGGAAGUACUUGCCACAUGCCUUAUGGACGACGGCCUCAGUCGCGCCUGGGCACUGUUAUAUGCCGUUACUCGACCGCCGCCCUCCUGUUAG